AUGGCUUCUUCAGUUGACGUGCCCGGGAAGUAUGAAACAAUGUUUGCUCAUCGCUUUACGCUAGACGAUAAGGAAUACCAGGAGUACCUGAAACGCCCUGCGGAUCCACCGCCCAUAGUUGAAGAGUGGAGAAAUAGAUCGGGUGGCAACAGAAACAGAGAUCGAUUUCAGGAUGGCAGAUACUUUAGAGGGGACAGAUACAACUGGCAAGGUGACCACAGAUCUAAUCAGAGGCCAGAAAGAAGUUGGGGCAAUAACUACCAGCAGCACAGACAAGGACAAUCUUAUUCUUCCCCCUAUGGACAGUAUGGCUACAACUCCUAUAACCCUGGGCCUCGUUACCAUCCCUACUGAUGAUACUUGUGCUUUGAAGGUCCCGUAACAACAUGUAAAAAAA